AUGCCAAAAUGUAUGUCUACAAUAACAACUAAAAUAUUUUCAUAUCUUUAUGAUCCAGAAAAAUAUUUAUCAUUUGAAUGGAAUCAUGAUGGUAUUUCAUCAUCAUCACAUAAAAAUGACUACAGUAGUAUAGAUAAUUUUCUUCAAAAUACCCAAAUAUCUAAUGAUGAAUUAAAAAAUUGGAAAAUGUCUGUUUUUAUCAGAGACCCUUUAGAUAGAUUUAUAAGUGCAUUUAUUAAUAAAUGUUAUAUUGAAAGAGAAUACCUUUCUUCUAAUUUUAUAUAUCCAGGAAAUGAAUUAUGUUAUGGUUGUCGAAAAAAUUUAACAUGCUUCAUAUUUGAACAAUAUAAAAGAUCUUAUAUGUAUGUAAAUAAAAUGACAAAAUUUACUAGUUAUGAAGAUCAACAUACAUAUCCACAAAAUUGGUUUUGUAAUUUUGGAAAAUUAAAAAAUCAAUAUAAAAUUUAUAAAACUUCUAGUGAUAAAGAAGGUAUAAAAAAAUAUAAAAAAAAUAUUCUUGAAAUUUUACAUGAAGUAAAUAUUGAAGAUGAUAAAAUAAAAUUUAUCAAAGAUAAUAUAUUAAAUGAAAAUAAUAGAAAAACACGUUCACUUAGGUAUGAUGUUUUAAUGAAAUAUAUUUAUAAUGGUAUAAUUAAUGAUAUUCCAAAUUUUAAUCAGUUACCAGUAGUAUUAAAGAAAGAAAUUUUAUCAAAUCCAUUGUUAUAUAAAACAUUUAUUUCACUUUAUUAUCAAGAUUAUUUACAAUUUUCAUUUCCAUUUCCAACACCAACAUUUACCAAAUCAUCCACCAUUUAUUAA